AAACGAUUUCUCAAUUUGGAAUGAAUUAGUCCAAAGGAAGAAAAUAUUCUUUCUACACUGGCAGAAGAAGCUACUGCUGUUACUGUUGAAGUGAUAAUCUCACUUUUUUUCUGAAUCCAAGUGCUUAAGUGACUUCCAGCAGUUCACUGUUGUGACUUUCUUUAAAACAUCAUCAGCAAAUAUAAAUUUCUUCAAUGGUUCUUAUUCCCAAACUGGAUCUCUUUUACAGCCUGCUGCUAUUAUAGGUUUUCCCUUCUAGUGAGAGAAUGGUAUGGUAGAUCUCAAAUCAAUGAAGGCUACACUCAGAAAGAUUUCAAGAAUUCUGGAAUAUGCUGCUCAAACAGUUUCACUUUUGUUUCUACUGCUUGUCCCUCCCUUCUCGCAUUUAUCUCCAGACUUCUUCUCCUUGUCCAGAUCUAUUCUGCCCCCAACAAUCUUCUAUUCAUUGAACUUUCUGAAACUUUACACUUUUAGAGAGGUAUAAGGGAUUGACUCUGUGUACACAAAUUUGCAGAGGGACAAUACGGUUGAGGUCUGUUAAGUUCUGUUAUUUCUCACCUAUACUUUUAUUUAUUUAUUUAAAAACAUUUUUGCUGUUAACAAGCAUGUUAUCUCUGGAGACAUAAAUACACAGUCUGAGAACUGCAAAACUAAGCAUCUCUGAUGGUAUCAUCUAGACUGAGCACAGAAUCCCAUUGGGUAGAUAGAAAGAUUAACCUAAAUAAUCUAUACAGAAGCCACUGAAACCCCAUAAGAUCGGGUCCCUAAUCCAUGAACUAUUGGAACUCAUUUACAAAACUUUUGUAAAAUAUUACGUGAAUAUAUUGUCUCAUAUUAUAGAAUUAGAAUUUAUAAUCCCUAUUCCGUGAUGAGAUAUCUUUGAGCUAUAAUGUAGCUUAAAAUGAUCUUUAGAUAGGUUUUUUCCUCAAAAAGCAUUUUAUCAAAAAAAUCCAAUUUAAAUUAAAAAAAUAUGAUUUUUUGGGGGAUUUAAAAAAAAAAAUCAUUGAUUUUUAUCUACCCUGGAUCGUGCUUCCCUCAUCAUUGAAAUGCAUCCAUCUCUGGAGUGGAAGGCAAGCAGCUGUUUAACAGUGCCCAAUGACAUCGCUCAACAGUUUAGAUGGGGUCUGAAGAAACUGCAAGCCGCUGGCCUCUACUAUCUGGCGGAGCUAAUAGAAGAAUACACCGUAGCUACUAGCAGAAUAAUCAAAUACAUGAUCUGGUUCUCUACAGCAGUGCUCGUAGGCCUGUACCUCUUUGAACGCUUUCCUGGCUUCAUGGUGGGUGUGGGCCUCUUCACCAAUCUGGUCUAUUUCGGCCUGCUGCAGACGUUCCCUUUCAUCAUGCUGACAUCGCCAAACUUUAUACUGUCGUGUGUGCUGGUUAUAUUGAACCACUACUUAGCGUUCCAGUACUUUGCUGAAGAGUAUUACCCAUUCUCAGAGGUUCUUGCCUACUUCACGUUCUGCCUGUGGUUAAUUCCCUUUGCGUUUUUUGUGUCCUUGUCGGCCGGAGAGAACGUCCUGCCUUCUACGGUGCAGCCUGGAGAUGAUGUGGUAUCGAACUACUUCACCAAGGGGAAGAGGGGUAAGCGCUCUGGCAUCCUUAUCAUCUUCUCCUUCAUCAAGGAGGCCAUCCUGCCCAGUCGACAAAAGAUGUAUUGACCCCCCGCAGACAGCAUGAACUGUGACAAAGCCGAAGGGAAGACCCCAGCUGGAUGUGAACGGCAGCGCUGUCCCUGGGUCUCCAGUGAACCCCGCUCCUCCACUUCUCUCCAAGGGAUUUUGUCAGGAAUGUAUAAUCUGUGCAACGGCCAGAGGCAGCUGCCAUGUCCAACAUGUGCGCUUAAUGCCUCAGUUAGUGCAAAUGCAGGAGGUUGCCUUUUUAUACCUCUCCGAUCAUCCCCUGGGACUUGCUGACAAGGAGGCGGUUCUGUUCAAAUUGCGUUUAAGGAGGGCGGCAGCCUCCGCGAACCAUGGAUUGUGUUCAGAGACCAUGAUGUGAGGCAUUGCCAUCUGUUCUUAUUUAAAGCCAAAAGCCAUUGUAGGAUGCAGUUUGUCCGAGAGCAGGAGAAACACACGCAGUGUCUACCUGAGGUUUGCAUUCAGCCAUGAUUUCAAAAAAUAACCAAACUCUUGAAUUCCAAAACAUUUCUGUCUGGAAACUUGCCAGGGAUGGAGAGAGCAGGUGACGCAGCUCGCUCGCUCGUUACAAAAUGCAUAUCCGUGAUCCGGGCACAGAGGGCGAGACCACAGUGUGUCUGUGAGCCUGGCGAGCACUGAUGCACUCUGCUCCUGCGGCUUUUAAAGGUGACUUGCCAGGGAUAAAAAUUGGACAGGUUCCUCUUUUGCUGCUUUAUGAUGAUGAUUAAAGAUGGCCUAAGGGGGUGUUUUAUAUAAUUUUUUUUCCUGUUUGUUUAAACAAAGACAUUUCAACUUUUGUUUUCCCUGGGUUUGCUAGAAGUCUUGUUGGAAGGCUCAGAAGUGGCUUGUAGGCUUCCUCAACUUUUAAUUUAAGGUUGUUGACUCUUUCACAAAAAGAGCUCUUCUCCUCGCUUUGUUAGCCAUUUGAGCUAAAUUGGUGUUGACAAAACCAGAGAGCCCAGCGUUCAGAACUGUGAAUAACAAUCGCUUCCCUUCCUCUUCAGGUUUCACUUGCUCGGCAUCUCCAAUGCCGUACAGUUCUCCAGCCAUCCAGAGAGUCUUCUGGUGGGGAAAAAAAGAGUUUGACAAACCCUGAAUGCUCAAUGAGAGCAAGGGGAAAAACUUGUAGGUGUUUUUCAUGUAUAAUAAAGAAGCAAAACCAGGGCCCAACCCAUUUUUGCCCCUUUGCUGGUCACCUUUAUCCGUUGUGCCAGGAAUAGAGAUGUUUUCAUUAAGGUGGUGCCACACUUGGAAUUGGGAGUUCUGCCACCAGGCAGCGUCUGCUCAUCAUUUGGAAAGGGUUUAUGAAGAUUCCAUGAGGCACGUAUCUAUCCUCUCGUGGGCCAGCUCUGGGCGAGGGCCACUGAAAGCUGUUGGAAUCUAUCCUGUGUAUUGAGAAGAGCCUGGAAACCGCAGGCUUUGACUGUGGGAGCCUAUGAUAAUAUCUGUCAUUCUCAUGCUUAAUUUAAUGGCAGUGUGAUUUCUGUUCAAGUACCAAUUCUCUCUUUUAAUAAAGGUUCUAGAUGCAGUUUGCCUUAUGAUCAAA